GUCUCUGUGCCUGAUGUCAUUUUUUUAUGAAGUAAUUUACACUGAUGUUUUUUCCAAAGACCUCAGAGCUGGGGUAAUUGUGAUGUGCCACCUGGGCAUCUUCUCUGACUCCUGAAAUGAGUGAAUUGCAGGUGGUAUAAUAAACCCCUUCAGUUAACUGGGAAAAAAUGUAUAGCUGUGGUUCCAUGUUAGCGAGGCAGCAGCUGAUCCCAGCUUUGGAACACUCUCAUUGCAAGCCACGUGAAAGCAACUGGAGCUUAAGUUUGGGAUCUGGUCGUGUGCAUGACCAGGAAGAGGCCAAUCCCCACUGCACCCUUUUUCCCAUGUGCUGCUGCUGGUGUUGACUCUUCCAAGACAGAAUCAGCAGCCUGGAGCAGAAUUGCUCUCCAGGAAACCUUAGGAUAAAUGGAGCAUUUGGCCAAUGCCAGAAAUGAGAGACAGGCGGGAGAGAAGCCCUUUGGGUAACACUGGAAGAUAAAAAUGAGUCAUUGGUCCUGGGGAGGUGACAAACACUUGUGAAGGAGAUGGGUUUUCAGAAGCAAAGAGUUCAAGCCCCUAUGAAAGAAAUAAUCAGGGAGACAGAGGAAGUGGCUCUAUUUGAGUACAGUGUGCAUGAAGUGCAGUAAAGGUUGAGUGAUAGGAUGCCAGCCCUUGGUCUGCUCAGUGCUGAAGGUGGACAAGCAGGAUUUGGGCUUUACCACAGGAGAUGGGAUGUGCCAGGGAGACAGAAGAGAGCGAGUCAAAGCUGUGCCCUAAAUGCAGUUACAGAGCACAAGCUGGAAUAGUAAGAGGUGAGAAAGAGAGCUCCCAGAGAUGAUCAGGUCAGUGACUAACAGGCAAAAAUGGAUCAGUUGGAACAGAUUUGCAUUUCUGGAGGCUUUUACAGAGAAGAGCAUGUGUGGCCUUAGAGCACUUAAAGCACUGCAAGAACAGGCAGUUGUGAGGAGUGAUCACUGUCCAGCACGGUCUGAUUCAGUAGGACUGGGCAGCUCUUAUUUUCCUUUCAAACAGUUACUGAGAGAGAGUUCCUUGUUUUGGAAUCUAGUUUUCUUGUAUGUCUCUGGAAUUUUUUCAGCUCUCUGCUUUCAAGGCCAUGGGCACUCAACCUGUACCUGCCUUUGGAAUGGGAGGACAGCAAACCUCAAGCUUUGGGCUGUCAAGCUUUCCUGUGAGCAGCAGCAGCAGCAGCAGUACCAGUGCCAGCAGUUUCUCCUUUAAAGCUAGUUCCAACCUCACGAAUUCCACAUCAUCUGGGAGCAGCCCUGCUGCUGGGAGCUCUCCUGCUGCUGCAAAUCCUCCUGCAUUUGGGACAGCAUCCUCUCCUAGCGCACCCCAAUCCGUCGGCUUUGGCAGCCUGGCCGCUCCAUCCGCAGCCUCCUUCUCCUUUAAAACAGCUGCCACAGCUGGUGGCUUUGGGACUUCUGGCUUUUCAGGCUUUGGCAGCGCUUCUGCUGUGAACUCUGCAAGCACCACUCCACUCCCAGCCUUUGGAGCCUUCAGUGCCACCAUGGCCACUUCUGCCCCGCCUUCGAGCGGUGCUUUGUUUGGACAGAGCGCCAGUGCCUCUGGACACGCUGUCACCUCAGCCUCUGCUGCAGCCAGCAGCUCCAGCCCUGCCUCCGAGAAGUUAUUCACACCCAAGAGCGAGUUAUCAGCUGAAGAGUGGCAACAGUUUGAAGCAAAGGAGUUCACAAUUGGAAAGAUUCCUCUUAAGCCACCACCAUUAGAACUUUUAAAU